AUGACACUCAUCAACGUCAACAAGACCAAAUCGUUGGAUGUGAACAACUUCAACUGUGCGGUUGCCGGGCAAACAGUGAAGAAGGUUGAAAAUCAAAACCAGCCAACAACGCAACGGGCGGCGGACCCAAAUCAACAUUUAACAUGGACAUCCAAUCGGUUCAGGCAAUGCACUAAACCCCGAAUACGCAACUCUAACGUGAAAUCUGUUAUGUUAUACGCCAAUUGUGACUGUGUCAAAAUCACUCGCCUAUCGGUGCCCCGGUCGUACAUCCUCGCACAUUACCACCGGGAGCUGGGCGACAGCAAUGAACUUUUCGGCGGCGGAGCCACAGCGGAAGCCUCCCGGAGCCGAGCCGUGUACCGGUACGAGGACGCUGGAAGUUUAAAUCGACCGCAACCACCGGCGGUGCCGCCGAGGGACCCGGACGGAAGACGCCACAAUGAGCACCUGAUACUGGACUGCGAGUACGAGAUCGACCCGGACGAGAGUAUGUUUGUGCUGAAAUGGCUCUUCAAUGGAAAGAUUAUCUAUCAGUGGAUUCCGCCGGUGCGGGCGCCGUUCGGUUUUACGGCCAUGGGACGCCAAAUCAACCGAACGUACACCAUCAACGAGGAACCGAUGCAUAAACACCGGGCCCUGGCGCUGGUGCGUCCGCUGAAGAACUUCACCGGCGAGUACACCUGCUCGGUGUCGACGUUCCAGAGCCAAGAUAUGCAAUCCGCCCGGAUGGUGAUGAUUGUUCCUGAAACUAACUUUGUUCUGCGAUACUACAGCAACAACAUUAGCAACCUUGUGAUGGUCCUCUGCAGCGUGUAUGGAAUCUUCCCUGCUCCGGAACUAUCACUCUGGAUCAACGAGUACCGGCUGGAUAAUGUCACCGAGAAUAUUCUACUCACACAAUCCGAUCUUUACGACAGCUCUAUUAGUAUUCAUCUGGUCCUGUACGAGCGAAUCCAACAAGAUGACGUCAUCAAAUGCACCCUCGGUGUAAAGAACACCGAGUACCUGAAAACUAAAGAAACCGUGUUCGUCGAUGUAAAUAGCUUCCCGGUAGUCGAACACAACUCCGUUUUCGACCACGUCAGCACGACGAUCAGUGAACCUUCCAGUUCAUCAACCGAAAGCACUUCUUACUUUAGCACUAGUUCGACUGCACUCCCCACCAGAUCCGACAAAGGGUUCACCGAGCCGACAACUGCGUCGACGUCUCCAUCGCCUUUCACCACCCCCACCAGUAGACUGUUCAACGAGGUCUACAAAGAACCGGACGCCGUAAAGCACCCAGCCGCGGUUACCGUGCUGGCUCCGACGGCCCGGGUGGUCCUUCACCACUUUGCUCCUUCGCUGCAGCCGGCUGUUGUUCGGCUGAAGCCCACGCCGCCACGGAUUUUCACGGCCGGUGGCGAGCAACCGGGUGCAGUGGAUUCCGACGAAGUGACCAACGUAGUCAACUUCAAGGAGGUCUUCAACGAGAACAUGCUCUACAGCAGUGGCAGCCGCGGAGCCCUUCGACCCGGCGGUAGCGGCACCAGCGGGAUCCUUUGGCGGCUCUCCGUCAUCACCCCAUUCGUCCUGACGGUGACGACGACGACGACGCUGAUGAUGAAGAUGAUGACGAUGCUGAGGAGCAGGCUGUAAUACAUACGACCGAGGCGAGCAACUCCUCCGGACGGAUCGUGAAACGUGGUUCUCCUUUGUUCGUACGACAGCGCCUCCGAUCCGGAUGCCACCACGUGUGUGGUGGCUGCGUUUGAAUGUGUGUGUCUGUAUGUAUGUCAGUUGAUUCCGACGGUGCGGUGGAAGUAAACCUUCAGAAAGGUUUGAUUUCGGAGCCACGCGGGAUUUUCCUUUCGUCUGCAUUCUGACGCUGGGAAGCUCUGUUUUCGGUACUCGUCGCGUGGUGGUCGUAACAUACCUAAGUAGGAUAAGGAAGGCCAGUGAGCCAAACUCGAUUAAACUUUUGCGGCUUCUCGGAUUUUUUUUUGUUCGGUGCACCGAAUAACGAAUAAAACAAAGCAAAUUAUGUUCGGGGCACUGGCUGGUUCCUUCUCCGCCCCCGGAUGGGGAUAAUGGGAUUUGGUACCAGGGGAAGAUUUCGUAUGGAAGCAGCCUGCCGUUAAAGCUGCCUGAAGUGUGUGUGAUAAAAUGACAUACGAGAGACGGUGCGAUCCGAUGGUUGGCGAUGGAAGGGGGAGGGAAUGCUCGAAAUUAGAAUGGUAACGAAGUUGUUCACGAUACGGAUCAAGAAGAUUACAUGUACGUUGAUGACAGAUGAGAUGAGAUUGCGAAAGAGCACGUGAACGAUAUGUUAAGUAUGCUGUCACGGGACGA